UCACACUACUUUCCUCACUCUUCUCUUGUUGAUUAGUAUUUCGCAGUGUCCUUUCAAUAUCAGUGCAUUUGCAUUAGUACGAAGAAACUUUCAAAUGGGUGCGAAUGGCAGGAAACUCGUUUUGCUGGGACUUCUUUUUGCUGUUGUUCUUCUCAUCUCUUCUGAGGUCUUAGCUAUUAAGUACAUGCCUCAAAAAACACAGGAGCAAGGAUUAAAGAAGACAAGUGGUGGAUCGUCGAUCAAGAAAAAAUAUCUUGGUAAUGGAGGAAUUGAGUAUGAUAUUGAGCAUGCAGGGAAUGAAGUUGAGGCUGAGCUAACCAAAGAUGGAGAUGAGGUUGACGUUGAGUAUGCUGGGAAGGAGGUUGAUGUUGAGCUUAACAAAACUGGAGCUAAGGUUGAGAUUGAGAUCGGAGACAAAAAGUUUGAGAUUCAGGUUAAAGGGUAAACCGGAAGAGUUAACAAAGAUCCCAAUCCGUAGGUGGUUGUAUCUACCUUCUUGUUAAAGAAUAAUAAUGAAAUUACUCCACUGUGUUUAGUCUGGAGUAUUUGUUUCAUUUUCUUUGGUGUCAUAAAAACAAAUCGAGAUAAUAAGAACAUCCUGUUUUAAGUCUUUUGUAUCCAUUUAUUAUGGUGUGGAUCCGGCAAACAAAUGCUUGUUACUAAUCAGCAUAGAACCACACUAGGAGAAGUGUAGCUGCCUUUUUUCUUUCAAUACGAAGCCUUUACUUCUGAUCA